ACGAACACUGCUCGAAUCCGAGUUUUCUCACUCGAGGGCUCUCUACGAUAACGCGCUCCUCCGAACAUCGAAUCACAGUCAGUUGUUUGCUGACUACGGGCCGGUUCGGUCGCACUGCUCAAACGAAACAGUUUUCCCGUAGUGUCGAAGACGAGUGCGUGUACGGUACGUGCGUGCGGGACGAGUUCGUGUGUGCAGAGGAUUGUUGUUGGUGGCCGUGGCCACUGGCACCAGCAUCGCUGUGUGUGCGUCCCCGCCAUUUCGGGUGUGCCUUUAUGUGAGAUUGGUAGAGUUCAUCAUAUCUUUGGAAGAUUUUUCUCCUGCUAAAAUACCGUGCGCAACACUAUGCGUACGAUCUAUCGCGAAGUAGCAGUUUGAAAACUAUUGUUUGCUGGUGAUCCGUAGCGGUUUCCUUCCAGCCUGCUGGAAAAGCAUUGUGCGAUAAGUGUGAGCAAAAAUUGUUUUUUUAAUUCUCGCCUAAUCUGAAGCUGACAAGAGUGAACGGGGUGGAAAAUUAAUCUCAUAUUGAUUAGGAAGUUACACAGAGGAACGAGGAGCAGAAUAGCGAAAAUAGAAGGAGAAAAAGAAAUCCACCUUUGCUUUGAGUUUGAAAAGUAGCGAGAAAUAGCAAAUAUUGAACAACGUUUCUUGCCGCAGUUUGAAUGUUUACAUUUGGUGAAUUACAAUAGUGGUGCUUUAUGUUGGUGUAACAAAAAAAAAAUAUACAUGUGCAACAUAACAGUGUGUGAAGCUCGGUUUGGUGUAAUUUCGUACGUGUGCUUAAGUUCCGUUGCAUCAAAGUGCUAGUGUUUGAAAAGACGUUUAACCAACUGCGUUCAGGUUCAACCCACUGACAAGGAGGUGAAGGCGAGGUUGCGGCAUUUAUUUCAGAGUGUGCAGUGUUAAUAGCAAAUAAUAACAGAAAGCAAGCGGAAUACUGGUACGGACCGAAGGGUUGACGACGAAGAAGGCAAGUGGAUAUUCUGAUGGGCUCGUAGACUUCCCAGCGUUCAGGACAACUGAUAUGGUCAUAUAAAUGUCGCUUAAAAAGGCUUUCGAUGGUGGAUACAGAUCUGAACAUCUCCACCAUGUGGAGUCGAUGGAAGACAUCGAUUCUACUGUUAACGGUCUUCUGUUGGAUUGCUGAGCAUACGCCGACGGUGGCGGGUGUGGCCGGAGUGGCUGCCGGUUCUAGUCACAACUACAAGAUCAACCCGAAACCUUGUUCGGUGAACGGUUUCGAAGGUACCUGCAUGUUCGUCUGGGAAUGCAUCAAAUCCGAGGGUCAGCACGUGGGCAUGUGCAUGGAUCAGUUCAUGUUCGGAUCCUGCUGUUCGCACAAUCUGACCGAAAAUGUGAUACCACAGAACUACCACCAGACGGUGCUGGGCUACCGGCCCAAACCAACGGCAUCACCGUCCGGUGGCAAGUAUAAACCACCAAGGCCAAGUACUUUUGUUAGUAGUAAUGGCUACACGACCAUCUAUCGACCGAAUGGCAGUGGAACGCUGGUGAUACGACCGUCCCACAAUCAUCACCAGCAGUCACAUCCACAUCACACAUAUCAUCAUAGUAAGCCCGGCCAUGGUACCACCAGCGGUAGCAGUACCAAUGGCAAUGGCGUUAGUAGUUCCAGUAGUAGUUCCGCUAGCAAUGGGGGCGCGUUCGUCACCGGCAGCAAUCACUUUAGUCAAAAGCCCACAGAAGGCACUGUAAAUAAACAUUCUACCUUAUCGACGCUAGUACAGCAGCAAUCGGGAGCAGUGGAUCAGGAGAUGGCAGCCAGUGCAGCGACCGGCGUUUUCACAACCCACUGGCAGGCCACGACGGAGCCAAGUUUCAUUACGCGAACGAAACCGCCGAAACCAAACAAACCAUCGAAGAAACCGAUCCUGUCCAUCUCGAACAACAUUCAAAGCACCGUGCUGAAACCAAAACCAUCGGCAAAGCCGACCAAGCAAAGCACUACUAGUACAAGCACUAGUACCACUACCACUACGACGACGACGACCACUACUACGACGACACCGAGGCCUACCACCAGAAGAACCACGACAUCGUCCAGCACUACCAGCACCACUACAACUACCACGGCCAAGCCCACGGCGACCAUUGCUACCAGCAGCUCAACAGGUUCACAACUGCUUGCAGCAUCCCCAUCUGUGAUUGACGUCGACGAUGCCACGCCGUCCAUUUCAUCCUACACAACGGCACCAGGCCGAUACACGAUUUCCGCAGCAAAAAACGCUGAAUGCGGCAUACAAACGAUGGGCCGCCCGGAGACACGGAUUGUCGGUGGCAAAAAUGCCCCGUUCGGGCGCUGGCCCUGGCAGGUGUCAGUGCGACGGACGUCAUUUUUCGGAUUCUCCAGUACACAUCGGUGCGGGGGCGCUGUCAUAAAUGACAACUGGAUAGCAACGGCAGGCCAUUGUGUCGAUGAUCUUUUAACGUCGCAGAUACGGAUACGGGUUGGCGAGUACGAUUUCUCGCACGUGCAGGAACAGCUGCCAUACAUCGAGCGUGGAGUCGCACGGAAGGUGGUUCAUCCGAAGUAUAACUUCUUCACGUACGAGUUUGAUCUGGCGCUGGUUAAGCUGGAACAACCGCUCGUGUUUGCACCGCACAUCAGUCCGAUCUGUUUGCCGGCGACGGACGAUCUGCUGAUUGGGGAGAAUGCGACCGUUACCGGUUGGGGCCGUUUGAGCGAAGGCGGCACAUUGCCAUCCGUGCUGCAAGAGGUGUCCGUUCCGAUCGUCAGCAACGACCGGUGCAAAUCGAUGUUUUUGCGCGCCGGCCGACACGAGUUCAUACCGGACAUUUUCCUUUGCGCCGGUCACGAAACGGGCGGGCAGGAUUCGUGCCAGGGAGAUUCGGGCGGUCCACUGCAGGUUAAAGGCAAGGAUGGUCACUACUUCCUAGCGGGCAUCAUCUCUUGGGGCAUUGGGUGUGCGGAAGCGAACCUACCGGGUGUUUGUACGCGAAUAUCGAAGUUUGUGCCGUGGAUCAUGGAAACCGUUCUGUGAUAAACACGAUGAGACAUUGGUCUGCGGGUCACGAUGCUGGGAAGCAAACCAAACAGCGGGAAAGUCGUAGUCUUUUAGCCGGUGUCGUACAUUUUGAUCAGCGCGAGAGUGAAACAAAAGCAGUAAGAAAAAAAAAACAAUCGAAAUGAGAUGUAAAUAACAUUGAUACAGGUAGUUAAUCAUCAAACACGAAACUGAGGGCAAUGCUGCAAAUGUGAGCAGAGUAAAACAUUAACAUUAAGAAGCUUUAUUUAAAAAUAUUCCUUUACUACGAACACUUCAAAGCGGGAAAACAGAACAUUCAAAUUAGGUGAAAUACUUGUGAAAUCGAUUAGAAUACUAAGCAGAGCCGCAAACCGCUUAUUAUUCGUGCAACGUUACAACAGAAAAAAAUCAUAAAGAACCACAAUUUCUAGUGAAAAACUACGAACGAACAACAAGAUUGUAAAUAUAGAAGCAACAAAAUGUGCAGGAGAAGAAAGGUGCUACCGUCUAAACUGUAUGCGAUUUGUGAAAGGUUUUGAAAAAAAAAAUAUUAAGAAAAAUAUUUCUCAAUGUAAAUAGAGUCGUUAACACAAACGAGGUAAUAUAAACGAAUAACCAUAUGAAUGAGGACAAUAGGCGAUAUGGAGCAAGAAAUGGUAAAUUAAUUUGUACAUAUCAAUGCGCGUGAUCAAAGCUAGCCAGAACGAGGUAAAAAAAAAGAAUGUUGUUGGCCGAUCGCUUACACUUUGGCCCUCCCCCUAAGGUAUACGCACUAAUUAUGUUCAUUAAUAUUAUUAUUUUAUUAUGGCGGCUUUUUUUCGAUUGUUUGCUUGGCAAGUUAUAACCGUUAUUAGUGAUCGUGUGUUCGCAAAUGGCAUUCCUGUUAAUAGCUGAUUAUUAUUCCUUCACAUACCGGUGUAUUUAUGUUCCAAUUCUGUAGCUGCAGCAAAAUAGUAAAUAAUAUUCUAAUUUCCAAAGAAA